CUGUACAGUUGUGCAUCCGGAACUUGUGUGACCAUACUCAUCUUUUUGAAUCUGUAGUCCAGCUAGCAGCUAACACCUGCUAGUGACACGGAGCUAGCUUUGAAUCGCCAGAAUGUGUAUCAACAUGGAGUCGUGUCGCUGUUAACGCAGCGGUGCCUGUGGGACAAUGUAGCAGCAGUGAAGUUAUGUCAACUCGUCGCGACUUAGUUCGGUUACUAUGAGCUCCCUAUCAGCCCAGCUUCCGGCUUCAAGCGCAUCAUGCAGGAGUCUACCAGGAGAGGGAAAUCAGGUGCAACCAAAACCUCCUCUCCUGCAGAUUCUGCGUGUUGCCGGAGCCCAGGAGGAAGUCUUCACUCUCAAAGAGGUGAUGCACUACCUGGGUCAGUACAUCAUGGGGAGGCAACUGUACGACAAACAGAGGCAGCACAUAGUCCACUGCCAGGAUGACCCGUUGGGAGAGCUGCUGGAAGUGGACAGCUUCUCUGUGAAAAACCCGAGCCCGGUGUAUGAAAUGCUCAAGAAAUACUUGGUAGUGCUUGGUUCUUCUGACGCUGCAGAGAAUCUUUCUGUGGGCCGUGAGUGUGUAGAGGGCGGAGUGGAAGAUCGCGGUCAGAUUUGUGGAGGUGUGGUUAAGGCAGGACUGGAGGCUUGCCGUGAUAUGCCUCUCCUGCAGACCCCCUCCCAGAGACGGCCGCGCGAGCCAGACGAUGACUCCCUUGAAGGCUUGCCACGGUCAGCCUGCAAACGGCCCAAGCUGGAUGUUACUCUGGACGACUGGGAUCUCUCUGGCCUGCCCUGGUGGUUUCUUGGUAAUCUUCGUAGUAACUACAGCCGUAGGAGCAAUGGCUCCACUGACAUCCACACAAACCAACUGUCUCCUGCACAGGAGGAAGACACAGCCAUCGUGUCGGACACCACAGACGACCUCUGGUUCCUGACCGAGGGCGGAAGUGAACAGGUGAGCGUGGAGAUGAAAGAGGCUGUGCUGGAGGAAGGGAGUGGAGGAGAAGGGGAGGCCCCACCCGAGGAUGAUGAUGGAGGAGGGAAAGAGGAGAAGGCGGAUGGAGAGAUGCAGGAGGAGCCAGAUGAAGACUCACAGUGUUUGAGUGAUGACACAGACACAGAGAUUUCCACCCAGGAUGCUUGGCAGUGCUCUGAGUGCAGGAAGUACAACACACCUCUACAGAGGUACUGUGUUCGCUGCUGGGCCCUGCGUAAGAACUGGUACAAAGAUGUCCCUCGACUUGCCCAUUCCCUCUCUGUCCCCGACAUCCCAGCAUGCAGCUCCCUCACCACCCACGAUGAUGAUGAUGACAGCGACACAGGCAUUGAUGUCCCAGACUGCAGCAGGACAGUGUCUGACCCCGUCAUUCUGCCCUCUCACUCCACAGUGGAUCGGCCACUGCCCACUAUGGUAAUGGGGAAAGGCAAGGGGCCUCUGCCUUCUGGCUUCCACAAGGAUGAGCUGCUGUCAGGAGGGGAGAGUCAGGAAAACCUGGGCAUGGAGGUGGAGGAGGUCAGGCCUGAAGCACUGUUGGAGCCGUGCAAGCUCUGUCGAGUGCGACCACGCAAUGGAAAUAUUAUUCACGGACGUACGGCUCACCUGCUAACCUGCUUCCCGUGUGCAAGGAGGCUACAUAAGUUCCAGGCUCCUUGUCCCGGCUGUGGACAGAUCAUUCAAAAAGUUAUUAAGAUAUUCAUCCUCUAAAACACAAACACAAACACAAACACAAACACAAACACACACACACACACACACACACACACACGUAAGGAGUUAAACAGAAAAAUUCCAUCACACAUUUUCAAACACAUCUGGCCAUACAGGUACAUGCACUCACACACUGCUUUUAGACACACAUGGAAUGUGCACCUUAGGCCUACACAGAUAUACACAGAGAAAGCACUUGGUGGAGCUUGCUCUUGGCUGCAUGGUUUAUUUCGCGCCAUGCUGCCUCUGAAGUAUUGUUCAAUGAAAUCUUUGACGUCAGAGUUUGUCACCAAAUCUUUGUUUUGGUGCCACAUUUAAAUAAGGGACAUGCAAAAGCAGAAAUAUUUAUUUAUUUAUUAGAUCACAGAAAUGCACAGGUUGUGUGAAACAUUAUUUGACUUCAUGAAGGCUGGACUAUGUGAAAUUCUUUCAUUGCAUUCCUUGAAUGGUGCCAUUUUAAAAACUAGUAUUGCUUGCCUUCCUUCUGUUAGUUUCUCCAUAGAUUCACUUCAAUAAUCACCUGGACAAAACUCAACAGGUAUGUAACAAUGGAAUUUUUGACUUCAAACGUUCUCAUGGCUUUUCUUUGUAGAUAUUCUCACUCUGAGAUUUGAGUUAUGAAGAUGAGACGUAAGUAAGAACCAAGCUGGCAAAUCAAAAUACAAAACAUGAUUUAGUUUUCAACAGUUGCAUCUCCAUGGAAAUAUUCUGAAAUGGCUUUUUUUUAAAAAUACAUUCUCAACAAAAAUGAAUGUCAUGUAAAAUACAAAUGUGAUUGUUAAAGUCCUGUUUCUCAACAUAGUAUUUUAAAAUGCAUAAUUGAAUUUAACCUGCUUGAGAAUGCACAGCUGAAGUAUUUACAGUAGUUUUCUCUCUGGGUAGUAAUUUGAUGGUAAAUAUGUAUUCAAUGUGUACAAUUGCCAAGCCUCUAAUGACAGUUAUACCUGCAGUAAUUAAUGUCAUAUAAUUGUCGGUAAAUGUCUAAAUGGUAUCAGUCAGAAAAGGGUCACUUAACUGCCCUUUUCCUGAGCUUAAAAUGAACGAUUCCUGUAUAUUUUGUAUUUAAUUUAUUUAUGAUCCUGUUUUGUUUAGAUUGACACAUAUAAUGAAGCAGAAAAGUGCUGCGCUUGUUACACAGUUCUGAUGUGAGUCCGUAAGGAAAGUUACCAAAUGUACCCUGUGUGGAAUUAACUGUGCAGCACUUAUUAGAGGAGCAUGAGGGUUUGAUUUAAGCAUUACACUGCCAGUGACUUUUAACUAUAAUUUGUAUAUAAUAGAUUUUAUUUUAAUGGUUCAGCAUUAUUUGAAGAUAGUAGAUGCUAUUUACUUUGGGUGCACGUGUGAGCUCAUAUGAUCUUCAGCUUUCACAAGUAAGAUGUUAAGUGACAUUUAACUCUCGGCACCGCCUGACAGAGGAAAUACCAUCAUUCUUUGUUCUGCUCUUUACUUGUACUUAAUCUUUCUGCCAGCAGGUGGGGAGAAGACUCAAUAUUGUAUAGGGUGCACACUGAAGCUUUAUAUUACUAGCAGAAACAUGUAAUGCAUAUAUAGAGCAUGCCUCCUGUCGUAACCAGCACCGGCAUUGAGCUGGUGUGACAGCUAUAUCGGCUAUAUAAAAGCUAUAAAAAAUUUAAGUAGCCUUGUUGUUAUUUCUCAUCAUCAUUGUGCGCCCUGAGAACCAAACUUAUUAGAUACAGAACUAAUAAUAAUGGCUUAGUGUGAAUUAUACCAGUGGUUCUGAACCAGAAUGAUAAUAACAAUGUUAUUGUAAAUUAUUGACAUUAAGACAAAAAUGUGCUUAGUGAUGGGACAGCUAAUAUAGUUGUGUUUUUUUUUGUUUAGUUUUUUUACUGGUCAUGGAAUAAAAUCGCUUGUUUUGUAAAGCAAGAAGGA